AUGGCAACGAGGUCCAGAAUUCUUCGAUUACCUGAACAUGAAUGGCCAGCGGAUUCAUCAACUGUUGAGAACGGUGAAGUUGAACAGGAAAUUCGAAAGAAUCAGAAAGUGUUACUGUGAAGGAAACUCGAGAUCCACGUAAACGUGUUGAGUUCGUUCAGAGAUUACUAGAUGAUUUUUGGAAAUUUUGGCAAAGAGAUGUUUUCCCAGCGUCAGUUCCCCGUAAAAAGUGGAAUGCAGAUAGAAGAAACGUUCGUGUCAACGAUGUUGUAGUGAUUGAAAACGCGAAUGCAGUGCGAGGAAGCUGGACAAUUGGCAAAGUUAUAAACGUGUUUUCUGGCAAAGACGGUAAGGUUCGAAGCAUCAGAGUGAAGACAUGUUCUGGAGAAUAUGAGAGACCUGUAAGUAGAAUUGCUGUUAUUUAUCCAGAAGAAGGUUAGAAAGAGAACUAGAACUAUGAUUAUUUAGUGUGAGAAUUACAUUCUCAUCGGGGCGGAGAGUGUAUUGAUAUUUUGUUGACGUUAGAUAAAAUAAGUAAUAUUAGUUAAAAUAAGUUAAUUAGUUAACAAUAAACAAUGGAUAUGAUUGACAGUUUGCAUGUUUCAUGAGUCGAAAAUAUCAUAAGGACAAGCCGUGUGCUUAGUAAAAGAUACGAAGCAAAUGUAGAAUAAAAUCUGUUAAACCGCCAAGAAGUAAGUUUAUAUUUGUGUAUUAGAGUAUGUAUAGUGUAGAAUUAGAAGAAAUUUGUAAUUGUAAUUCAAUUUAUAGAUCGAAUAAAAACAGUGUAAACAAUAUACGAUUUGACGGGCAAUGUAUUCAUUUGAUCGGAUCAGGCUGGAUACCCUCCAAGGUAUCCAAAUACCUCAUUAAGUUACUAUUCUUAGUAACAUUUGAAUCGCGGACCGUAUCAGAACACCACAGACGCAUUGAAAACAUUUUCCUGAUCGGGUUAUGUAACCUUGGGUUAUGCCUUCGGAAAGCUCUCGGCUCAUCUUCAUCGAAAAGAAUUCAAUGCUUUAAAAACACGGCUAAUGUUACAUUUAGAGCUGUAAAUUUCAAAUUUGCGAAAGAAUUUGCCCUCCUUUAUCUUAGUAAACUCAAAUUUUCACUAUUUUUUGUAAACAGAAAUGAAUUGCGUGAAAAUAUAUUAAUGGUGAAUUUUCCCCCAAAACUAUUUUACUAUCCAUAAUCGAGGGAAUCUGACCGUAUCUUGAGCUACACUCGAUACUCCCUGGAUCUGCCCCUGCAAUAACAGUCGCAAUUGUCAAAAUAAGUCCAAUAUGCGACGUUGCGAUCGCAAAUGUGUACUUUCUGUUAUUUUGCGACACUUAAGCGUCAAUAUUUUCGCGACAAAAUAUGUUAUUUUUUUACCGCAUCUUUCGACGUCACAGUUGAAGCAAAUGCAUCACCUACGUCACGUUAGAUUCGAUUGGCAUCAAUCUCGUUCCCGAGCCUGUGAAUUUGCGAUCCUCGGGAAGGAACGCGAGGCUGUGGGAUAAUCCGUUGCCGGAAGCCAGGAAUCCUGGCUAGGACUGAACUGCGCAUUCCAUAUCAACGGCCAAUCAGAUUCCUCCCUGAAAUGGAUUAUCCCAGAGUCUCACGUUCCUUUCUGAAAAUCGCAGUCCCGGGGAACGAGAUUGGAUUGGCAUCCAUUUUGCAUCAGUGAAUGCAUCGGUCCCAAGUCCUUUUCCGCGUGAAAUCUAACGUUACAUCAUCAAAUCUAUUGUUUUAGAGCCCUACGUUACGUUAGAUUUGGCCACUGAGCGAUGCAUCGCAUGUAGAUUGUGGGCGCUCGCAAAUUGCAAAUUCAAAUCUACUGUGAGGUAACGAGGCAUUCGAUUCAAGUCAUGGCGGUAAGGAUCUGCAAAUGAGACUAUUAUUCCCGAUUAAUCUGAUCCUUUGCGAAGAGAAAUCCCUCGAAAUUGACGAAGAACAAAUAAUUUACAGUCGAACCAAUAACUACCAAGAGGAAAAAUGGAAGGGAUCUUAUGCCCACUAUGUUAUGUGAAACUCGAUCAAACAGAGGGCUCUAAUUAAUUAUUAAAGUAUUAAAGUUAAAUUUCUCUAUAUUUUUACAUUGUAGUAAAUUGUUCAUUUCAGGAAGUGUAUAAAGUGGAAAAUGGGGUCCACAAUUAAUAUAUAGAUUUGUAUGUAAUAACAAAAUAAUUACAGUUUGUAUCUAUUACUGUUAUCGCUCUAUAUUCUAGAAAGACCAGAAAAAUGUUAGUGGUUUGGUGGGGGGGGGGGGAGUUUGACAUUUUACAGAGAUUUGCUUGUCUGGAGGCAAACCAGCCCAAAUACUAAACUUGACAGCUUGCUUUACUGAGGCAAAUUUCAUCUCAAUUAGUGAUUGUAUAUAUAACUAUAUUUAGCUUGUUGUUAUUAUUUGAAAUUGACAUUUCUUCUGGCACAUUUUGAUUGGAUACCAAAAAUAAAACUAUACUGUGGGUGGAAAGUAACUCUGAAUGGAUCAAGACUUGCAUCAGUCUCUGCAUGUAAUUACAGAGCAUAAUUGCAUGUUAAUGAGAUUUCUAAUAGUGAUGCAACAUUGGUUAGAACUUAGAAAACUAAGGGGGAGUUUACAUGAAAGGUAAUUGUUUCAAGUUGCAACUUCCAGUGGUAUCUCCUAUUUCAUUUUAUUUUAUAUGGAAAUGAGCAGGCAUGCCUUGUGACAGGGGUCUUGCUUGACAUUGCCUGAGUUAUUGAACAAUAACCGUGCACUAGCUGGAUAUUUUGCAAACAAAGAUGAUUACCUGGGCUUGCUCGCCUACCAUAGUUGAGUGCAUGUUUAUAUGCUUUGUCUGUGCAAAUAUAAUUCGAUAUAAGCUGUAUAUGUGAUUAGAAUGAUAAAAUGAUGGAUGGUAUAAAUACUGUAUCUGUAACUGGUGUAUACAGUCAUGUUAUAAUUAUGAAAUUUGCUUACAAAAGUGGGAUAGUUUGGAAAAUAUAUUUAAUUAAAUUAUAUAUUUGUAGUGCUAAUUAUCCCAGUAUUAAAAACACUGUACCAUCACAACAACCAUCUAUUUACAUGGUACUUCAUAUAAACGCAAAAACACAGACACGUAAUAGGAAUCCAUUAUACACUUCGUUAUUUAUUUUGAUCGAUUUGUUUUUGUUGUUUCAGGCGCUGCUUGCUUCUUUGUGAAACAUGUACAGACAGGGAUGUGUAUAAAUGACACAAGACUACUACAAUCGGAGGAGACUUGGGGAAAGUUAUCUUUUGUGGAACUUUCCAAUAACUGUCUGGAUCCAGAUGCACAGUUUCGAUUUCGUGAUACUGGUGCCAUGUUCAAUUUGAAAAAAAAGGGAUGUUUCGAGGCAACAUUUAGGGGUGGCUUUGGUUAUUAUCUUGAUAUGUUGUAUAUGUUCGUUGCUACAGAUCCUUCAAAUAAUUGUGUUCAGAAACAUGCUGUAACCCAGACCUCUUGGGGAGGUUUAUCUGUAUAUUAUAAAGGCUAUGAUAAGAGCACAUUUCAGACGUGGUGUGUAGUUCCUUCAACAAAUUGCGGAAUUGAAAAUCAAGGAAUAGAUCUCUACGUCGGAUUAACGACAAAUUGUAACGAUGCAGAGGAUAAACGUUUUAAUUUUGGUAAGUUUGGUGUUAUUUGUACGCAUGCAGUCAAUUUGUUUGAUGUCUUUCCACAUAAAAAGUUGACUACUUAUUCCUUAUAGGCUACUUGUGGUUUUGCAGUCUGCUUUUCAUAUUUACUUUAAAGCUGUCACCCAUGGUGCACCAUUGCCGCUAAGCCAGCCUAGAGGCUAGACGUAAACCAUUUGUAUUAAGACCUAUCUGCAUGUAUGUACAUAGUAAAAGGUUUAUACCUUCUUCAUAAACAUAUAAGAAUGAUUCAAUUACCUCUUGAAUAUGAGCAAUCGUGAACUGCUGACGUCUUAACUUUGUCCACAAAAGCAAAAACUCUAUAGUUGUUCCAAAUAUUUCAUAUAAUACUAGUACUGAAUUUCUUUGAAAAACCUUUCGCGUUUACAUCGCGCUAUGGCGUUCAAAAAAUUUCUUGCCGUACUUUAUGUUGUCAUUUAAUGCUCGUCAUUUCUAAAUUUUUGUUCUCUUCCAGGUUCAGUGACGUGUCAUGGAAAUAUGGUAAAGAAUGCCAACUGUCCUAAAGAUCAGUACAUGGUGGUCAAGAAUGCAUCGUACCGUGGAUUGCCUGCCACACAAACAUGUGGUUUGAGUGAUGAUUAUAUUUGUGAACUCAAUGCAACGUGUCUUGUUAAGAAACAAUGUGAUGGUCAACAUGAGUGUAAUAUGACUGUGGAUGACAACUUGUUCUCUGGUGGACCAUGUUCUGGAUUGACAAAAUAUCUUUACUUUGAAUAUCAAUGUGUUAAUACAUCAACACCUUUAAAAGAGAUGUGUGGUAUGUAUGGAUAAUGACAUGCAGUUUAGAUGCGAUAGUAACCAAUGGCGAUGAAAAGCUAGCAUAUAGCGCUUAAUAAUGGUCAUAGAUAGACAAAAAAUAAGAAAAUUUAAAGCUAUUCCCUAAUUUUCGUUCGGAAUAUAAUUUUGUUCGGUCUUUGUAUGGCCGUCAUACAUGAAACUAUUUUUCAUGCUAUUAGAACGAGGCUUUGGUAAACAAAGAUCAGUUGAAAUGUCCCGAAGGUGAUGAUAGUUUACUUUUCUCAUAUUGAUAUGAUAUAUAGAUUUUUGAGCGAUUUGGGACCCAUUUUAUUUAAUAUACUUCAUACAUCAUUUUGCUUUAGCCUUCUUUCUUUCUGUUUUGAGUGGUUCACAACCCAAGUCACACAAAGAAAUAGAAUGAAUUACGUCACUGCUCACAUUCAACAUUAUUCUAGCACGUCUAUUUUUGCAGCGUGGCUGCAUGCAUGGUUCUGCUAGGGGAGUUCCCAUUUUAUGUGGAAUUUGAACAACUCUUGCACGGAAUGGUGAUAUUUCGGAUAUUAUCGUAACCAUGGCUAAGAUUCAGCAGAAUUGUCACGCAUUAUUAUACCAACCAUUCCUCCUCCCCAUACACCUAUAACUAGUAAAGGGUUAUUAACCGAGAGCGAGGUCUGUACGGGAAAGUAUUUGCCUAAGGUUUUCGUACAGACCGAGCGACGAAUGAACGAGGUCUGUGCGGAUAAACCGAAGGCAAAUACUUUCCCGUACAGACCGAGCAAAACGAGGUUAAUAAACCGUUUAUUAUAUGGUUUCAUAUAUUUGUUUGAACGCUAUAAAGAUAUUUUUGAGCUAUGUUUUAUUUGCAAGUUUUCUUCGUUUAGCAGGGCCGUAGGAAGCUCUUUUCGAUUGGGGGGGCUGAAAGCGAGGGCCGAAGGCCCGAGGAAAUUUUUAAAUUUAGAGUCUCUAAAAUGCCAUUUCCUGGACUUUGGGGGAAGAUUUAACAGAAUUCUGAUAGUCCGAAAACAGCGUUUUAGUAUGUCGAAAUUUACAGGAAAGUAUGGGCCAGACUGUAGUAUUAUAAAUGCGCGGCGGGAAUUUUCGUCGUAAAUGGCAGUUGCGCGGAAAUGAAGGCAGAACAUUUGAGAAAAUUUCGAAAAUCUGGAGUCUCUAGAUGGUCUGAAAUGGCAUUUUCAGAGUUUUCUUUCGCAAGACCCAACACGCAAAAGACAAAAUAAAUCAUUAGUUCAUCAAAAAUGUGCAGAUUUUGUGGGAUUUUCUUGAAAAUGCGCGACAGAAAUUCAGCUAAAAUUUCUACGCGAGGAACGAUCUGGAGUAUGAGUAAUAUCUUCAUUCUUUGCAGUUUGUCACAGAUUAAAUGAUAAAGUUUGCAUGAUUUUGAAAAAAGAAUGAUUAUUAGCAAAUUAUUGGGGGGGGGCUGCAGCCCCCCCAGCCCCCCCGGUUGCUACGGCCCUGUUUAGAUUUGGUUUCGUCACCGAAUAUUGUUUACGGAAAAGCAUGUCUAACAAUCGUUUUAGAACUACUUUUUCGGUAACCCCCACCCCCAGAAAAAAUGCUUAUAAACUUAGUUUAUAUGAUAUUUGUUUAGAAUAUGGUAUUAAAGACGUUAAAUUCAUCUUUAUUUAUUUUUUGAAACAAGUAAACAAAUCAAAAAAAUUUCCCGCCAAAACUUACGGUUGCCAGUAUAAAGAGUUCAAAUGGCUUGUUUUCUUAGCUUUUUCGAUGAAAUUUGUGUUGGCACAACUACUUAUUAAUAUUUCCAAGACUUCUUAUUCUUAAAAAUGAUCCAAGUAUACUUUUUCUUCACAUAACGACCUUAUAAACGUGUAAAAAGUUUCAAAUUCGAGCCUGUCAAAUUGACAUAGGGGGUGGGAAAGGGGGGGGGGGUAUGAAUCACGUUUCACAACGUAAAAACAUGCCGUUUCACCAUUCACGUGUCUUAAAAAAGCAAUUUCACGGAAAACUAGAUUCUAAUAAAAUGAUAUAAUAAUAAUAGGUUUAUUAAGAGUAUGUUUAAUGCAUGGUACAACCUGUCAGUUAAAAACUACAUCAUAACUUAGAAGUUGGAGUGACGAGUAUGUUUGACGACCUACGAAAAGCCUCCGAAGUUUUUACUCUUGUGCAAUCGAGUGAGAUCAUAUAAAUUGAUUAUCGCGUAUCAUGUCUAUUAUGACUAAUAUAAAAUAGAUCGAAAUAAACAAAGUAAAAUCGCAGUUCACGAAAACAGACAUCCUUAAUUCUCAUUUGACAGAGCAUUUUUAUCGACAAUCACGCCUCACGGCUGUAGAACAAAUCACAUUUCACGACACUAAAAUCAAGCAUUUCACAUUUCACGCAAACAAAUAUUGACCAUUCACGACUCACGAAAACCCUUUCUCACCCUCGACAUACGGUCCACGGUCCAGAUACGCAUUUUACGGACCGCACGUCGACCAAUCAGAAUCCAGGAAUCUGAAAAGCCAUAUAAUAAUAUAUUUUAUUUUAUAAGAAACAGAUUACCUUAUUAUCUGAUUUGAUUUUUAGCUCCAGAAGGUCCUCCACUGAAUGUCAAAGUGACUGGAGAAAGCUCAUCAUCAUUGUUUGUUACAUGGGAACCUCCUGAAAAGAACAAAAGAAAUGGUAUUAUCGCCAGUUAUACUGUGUGUAUCUCACACGAAGAAAGUAAACCUUGUUUUAGGGAAUACACUACAAAGAAAAAGAUGAUAGUCAUCGACAAUUUGAUUGCCUCAACCAAAUAUUAUGUUCGUGUUCUUGCAAGUACUAAAGGUGGGCGUGGAAUCUACAGUGAAAGUGAAGGGAAAAUUGUCAAUGGAAGUAAGUGUCGCCUUGCAUCUAGACGUAAUGCGAUCUUUAUAAACAUGCAGCUUGUAGUUUAUCAUGUUUUAUCAAAUCUACAUAUUUUCAUAUAGAACAACCAGAGGUGUCCACAAGUGGAACAGUAUAUACACUGACUUUUUCCUUGCGAAUUCCAUCACGAAAUUUCACGUAAGUCGAUAAGGUUCGAAAACUCGCCAAACAGAAAUAUUGUAUCUUGCAAUAACGACCUGAACAGGACGUUGAAACCUGUUCUGUGAAUUUACCUUGUGCAUUUUAUCACAGACAAAUUUGUUUGUAGGCAUUUCUACGUCGUGGCUCUGAAAUUGAAAGACGGAGAAAAAGUUCAAUCCCCAGAUAGUUAUAAAAAUAAUGAUUUGGUGACGUACGCUGAGGCAGAAAAAUCAACCAACCCGAAACCUUAUAUCGCUGCAAUAGUGACAUCAAAGGAUGAAAACAAGUUUGUGCUUGGUGAUGGCAGAAAUACAAGUGAUCCAACAUCACGAAGACGUAUAUUAACCUCGAGUGAUUACUAUAAUGGUCCGCUGGAGCCUGGCACUAGUUACAGUAUUUUUCAAAGGAUUGUGCUCAAUGACAAG